AUGAUUUGGAGCAACAUCAUUCAGAAGAUAAUCUUCCUUUUCCUUACUGGACCUGGCAUUGUGGGGAACAUCCUUGUAUUUGUGAGACAUGUGUAUGCUUUUGUUACAGGUCCUGAGAGAAAACCCAUAGACCUUAUCCUCAUCCACUUGACUGUUUCUAAUGCGAUCCUUAUCUGUAGCACAGGUAUCAGAGACAUAGCCACCAUUUUCAAUUUCAGAAACUUUAUAGGCAAUACAGGUUGUAAACUUUUGAUUUAUCUGGGAAGAGUGGCUCGAGGCCUUUCCAUCUGUACCACCUGUCUCCUCAGCAUGGUCCAGGCCAUCACUAUCAGUCCUAGGACCACCUUCUUCAGAAAAUUCAAACCAAAGACUGCGUGGCAAGUUCUUCCCUAUCUCCUCUUCUUUUGGAUCUUUAAUUCUCUGGUGAGUUUCAACUUGCUCCAUCAUAUCAAAGCAGCCAGUAGCACAAACAGAUCUGGAAUUAGAAGGCAUGCUGUGUAUUGUUAUGUGGUACCAUCUAGACAAGGGGUUAGAUGGCUUUUCCUCUCCCUCAUGGCUCUUCGGGAUGUGAUCUUUCAGAGUCUCAUGGGCUGGAGCAGUGGGCACAUGGCUUUCCAUCUGUAUAAACACCACAAGAGAGUCCUCUACCUUCAUAGCUCCAGGCUCACACACAAUUCCAGUCCAGAAAUCAGAGCUACUCUAAGUACUCUCAGUCUCAUGACAUUUUUCCUUGUCUUUUAUUGGGCAGACUUCAUUUUGUCUUUUUAUAUAGGUUCUACUAUUACAAACGAUUUGAAAAUACUAAAUAUUGGAAUUGUUCUAGUACUUGGUUAUGCCAGUCUCAGCCCCUUAGUCCUGAUCGUCAGGUAG